GCUCCUCUGAGCUCGAGAGCCUCUUCCCCCUCUCUCUCUGCCUUUACGAGUUCUCCUCCCGAAACCUGUGUGAGGCGGCCACUGAAGCGCGAGGUGAUUCCCCCCCUCUCCCCUACAAUCAGUCAACAUGGCUACAGUUGUUACCUCGACGAGAUUUACAGACGAAUAUCAGCUGUACGAGGAACUCGGAAAGGGUGCCUUCUCAAUCGUUCGCAGAUGUGUCAAGAAGUCCACUGGCCAGGAGUAUGCUGCUAAAAUUAUCAACACAAAAAAGCUCUCAGCCAGAGAUCACCAGAAACUGGAGAGGGAGGCAAGAAUCUGUCGUCUGCUGAAACAUCCAAACAUAGUACGACUCCAUGACAGCAUCUCAGAGGAAGGCUUCCAUUACCUUGUCUUUGACCUCGUCACUGGAGGAGAGCUGUUUGAGGACAUUGUUGCUAGAGAGUAUUACAGCGAGGCAGAUGCCAGCCACUGCAUCAAUCAGAUCCUGGAGAGCGUCAGUCACAUCCACCAGCAUGACAUUGUGCACAGGGACCUCAAGCCUGAGAACCUGCUCCUGGCCAGUAAGAUGAAGGGAGCAGCUGUGAAGCUUGCAGAUUUUGGUCUAGCUAUCGAGGUGCAGGGGGACCAACAAGCGUGGUUUGGUUUUGCAGGAACUCCAGGGUAUCUGUCCCCAGAGGUGCUGAGAAAGGACCCGUACGGCAAGCCAGUGGACAUAUGGGCAUGUGGUGUGAUCCUGUACAUCUUGUUGGUGGGCUACCCUCCCUUCUGGGACGAGGACCAACACAAACUGUACCAACAAAUCAAGGCCGGUGCAUAUGACUUUCCUUCUCCAGAGUGGGACACAGUGACCCCGGAGGCCAAGAAUCUAAUCAAUCAGAUGUUAACGAUUAACCCUGCCAAAAGGAUCACUGCCGACCAGGCCAUCAUGCAUCCCUGGAUCUGCCAACGCUCCACUGUGGCCUCCAUGAUGCACCGUCAAGAGACUGUGGAGUGUCUGCGCAAGUUCAACGCCAGGAGGAAACUUAAAGGAGCUAUCCUCACAACGAUGCUGGUGACCAGGAACUUUUCAGUGGGACGGCAGCAUACCAGCCCUGCCGCUACCACCAGCACGGCCUCAAUGGCGCAGGAAGCAUGCAAAACCUUACUAAACAAAAAGUCUGACGGUGUGAAGUCGCAGGGAACCAACAGUAAAAACAGUGUAGUAAGCAGCGGCAGCACCAAAGACAGCAGCAUGUCAUCUUCAGCACCAAUGGCUGGAUGUUUCCGGUCUGUCCUUGGCACAGGCUGUGCUGGAGGCUACGGCGCCGGGGAAGCCCAGACAACUGUUGUACACAACCCAGCUGAUGGCACCAAGGGCUCCACAGAGAGCUGUAAUAACGCAGAAGAGGAGGAGAUGAAAGCUGGUCCCCUGCAGGAGGCUGCUAGCAGCCCCAGUGUCCCUCAGACCAGUCCAGCUCAGAGCUCCUGUCCUGAACCAGAGUCCGCUCUGUCGCCCCACGCAGGCAUCAGCCGCAACCUGCAGCAGACUCGUAAACAGGAGAUAAUAAAGAUGACAGAGCAGUUGAUUGAAGCUAUCAACAAUGGGGAUUUUGAGGCUUACACGAGAAUCUGUGACCCUGGACUGACUUCUUUUGAGCCAGAGGCUCUUGGAAACCUGGUGGAGGGCAUGGACUUCCACAAGUUCUACUUUGAGAACCUUCUGAGUAAAAACAGCAAGCCAGUGCACACCACCAUCCUCAACCCCCACGUACAUCUGAUCGGUGACGAUGCUGCCUGCAUCGCCUACAUCCGCCUGACGCAGUUCAUGGACGGCCAGGGCCGGCCGCGCUCCUGCCAGUCAGAAGAGACGCGCGUGUGGCAUCGCCGCGAGGCCAAAUGGCUCAACGUGCACUUCCACUGCUCAGGAGCACCGGCUGCACCCCUGCAGUGAAUUGCCAACCCAGGCCCAGCUUUGCCUGAACUCUAAAGCUGUUUGGAGCAUAAUUCUCCGCGGUCGGACCGGUGCCUGGAUCCUGGCCGGGAAGAGGCUGCUUGGAAAGUUGUAAAAACAGAAAAGUGGGGAAAAUACAUAAAUAAAAAAGUAAAAAAUAAAUAAUAAAAAAAACAUUUCAAAGCUUGACUGAAUGACCGACCAACACCAAUCCAGUCCAACUCUAGCUAGGUGAUGAUGGCGCUCGGCUGAUGUCAGCCCCUUCUUGCAGAUGGUGCAUGCUUCUGGUGGCGACACAGGGGUGAUGCUGUCCUGGUCCUUGUCUCCCAUGGCCUUUAUUUCCCCAUCUUUGUUUGGUCUGCUGGAAAAGUAUUAAACCUGUUUAAAAAAAAAAAAAAAAAA